CCACGCUCGUACUGUAAAAGGGAAUGUAAAAGUGCAGAGGCUAGAGCACACAGGAAGUGAUGAGGGGCUUUACACAGCGUGCAGUCUCGCCACCCCUGCACUCACAUCUUACAAACGCACUCACUUCCCUGUUUUGACUGUAACAGUUGAGACAUUUCGAUAAAAAGAAAUCACUUUCGCUUCACAAACCUGUUGGGGUGAACUUGUCAGGAUGUUUGUUUGAUUCGCGAUUUGACCAAUUUGAUAUCUAACGCCAACAUAACAUGAAUGUGGAUCUAAACUCCUCCAACAUGUCUGUGGAUCCUCUGGCAAUGAAGAUGGAGCAGGGCCCAGUCGAGUAUCGCAUAGUCGGCCUGGUCUUCUACAGCUUCAUCUUCGUCAUAGGAGUGAUAGUGAACCUCACUGCCUUGUGGGUUUUUGCCUUGACCACCAAGAAGAGAAACUCGGUCACCACCUAUAUGAUCAACGUGGCGCUCGUGGACCUCACCUACAUUUUGCUCCUGCCCUUCAGGAUGGUUUACUUCCAUCAGGACUAUUGGCCCUUUGGAGACAUUUUCUGCCGGAUCACAGCAGCUCUAACCAUCUUCUACCCCUGCAUGGCCCUGUGGCUGUUCGCUCUGAUCAGCACUGACCGCUACAUGGCCAUUGUUCAGCCGAAACAUGGCAAGGAGCUGAGAAACGUCCCAAAGGCUGUGGUGGGCUCCUUGGGGGUGUGGAUCAUGACUCUGGGCAGCAGCGUGCCUCUACUCUUCUCUCAGGAUGACCCCGAUCGCAUCUCCAAUUACACUACCUGCAUCAAGAUGCAAGACAUCAUCUACAUGCGCCGUGAGAAUGCGGUCAACUUCGUUAGACUCAUCUUCUUCUUCCUGGUCCCCAUCUGCAUAAUGAUUGGCUGCUAUGUCGUCAUUGUGGACAACCUAAUCCAUGGACGCACCUCCAAACUGAAGCCAAAGGUGAAGGAAAAGUCCAUCCGGAUCAUCAUCACACUCAUCGUGCAGGUGCUGGUGUGUUUUGUGCCGUUCCACAUCUGUCUGGUGCUGCGCUUGUUGGGAAACGACGAAGACGGCGGCUUCAACACGUGGGCCGUCUUCACCACUUUCCUGAUGAAUCUGAGCACGGUCUUGGACAUCAUCUUGUACUACAUUGUCUCCAAGCAGUUCCAGGACAGGGUGAUCAGCGUGAUCCUGUACAGGAACUAUCUGCGAAGCGUCAGGCGAAAGAGCCGGCACACGCACACAGGAAGCGUCAAGUCGCUGAGCAACCUAACCAGCGCGAUGAUAUGAAAGUCCGUGGCACAGAUACUGUACCAACAAUAUGCACACUAGAUGCAUCACCGUGUACUGUUUAUGUAUAAUUACCUGAAGGAUCAAGAAACUGCAAUUAAUUUUCCCGAGUGCAAUUUACACUCACAGUAUGGAAGGGCUGCUGUUGUGGCGAAAACAUCUGUGUUCAGAGCUGAUUGACUCACCCAUGAGACUUGAGUUGUUUCCAUGCCUUUUUUUUCUCUCUCUGCUAAAGAAAGCAUAUGCGGCACAGGUGUGACGUGUUCAGGUGAAAAUGUAACUGUUUGAAACAAAGCAUAGUUGUGCACAAGCAUCAGAAACCUCAAGAAAGCAUCAUGAAGAGAGGGUCUGACAUGUUCCACAGGAAGCAGCGGCGGGGUUGUUAAAGGUUGCCGCUCGGUUGCUGCACCACAUUUAACAGGUCCUUCCUCUUCAGCCUCUCAGCCCUGCGAAGGCGGAGUGAGCAAAUCUAAGCCAUGAGUGAUGUGUGAUGUCACCUGUCUGCUUUGCAAAUACACCGCACGUGUUUGACUUCUGCCAUUUCAUGUUUGUUGAGUUUAAGAUCGACCACUUGAGACAGGAGGCAAUUUCAACACCCAGCACUGACAGUAAAGGUUACUGCGAAGGUUGCUUUAAAUGAACCGACCAGGUGAUGGCAGCAUGGCACAGCUUAGACGCUAUCCACCUGCCAGAGCAACACACACACAAAGUGCUUUUAAAAACUUUUGCAGAGUUGACGGCAAAAUAAUUUUGUCUCUGUUGCGUCGCCGCAAAAUAUUUACCUUUCAUUCAUCUAGAUUCAUAAAAAAACAUUAGUACAUCAGUUUUCCAGUUAACAACAGUCAUAACGGCUUCCUCCACCAGGAAUCUGACUAAAGCGUGUUUAUGGUGCAAUGUGAAAAGUAUUGAUUAGGUGUUAAAUGAUUUAGUUGCUUGGAGUGCAUUUACAGUAACAUGCUCGAGAGAUGUCAGAGAGGCUAUUUACAAGAUUUACUGCUACCUUAACCUUUAAACAGAAAACCUUUUUCAGCACAUGGAUGUUUCAGUUUCAGAUUUCUGCAGCAGGUGAGAGAGGCAUUUUAUUCAAAAUGUCUCUCUCGUAAAAAUACGGAAGUCAGAGCAGAAUAGGGGGCAGAAGAGGCUUGCAGGCAACACCAAAAUCAACAUUUUAAGUGUUGGGAGUUGUUGCACCAACUUCAAACAUGCAAGGAGUCCAUCUAUGUUGAACAUCCAAAAUAUAUGCUAUAAAAAGAACCCUCAAAACAGAAUAACUCUCAUGCUCUAUGCUCUCUGUAGUAAAACUUGGUGACGACAACAAUAUAUUUCUGAAAUCAGUAAACCUACAUUCAAUUCCCACUCUUCUUAAUGAGCUGCCUAACAAGGCAUCACCUGAGCAAAAAUCAUUAUGAAAACCUGGUGGUCCAAAUGUUGAUUUCUGAAAUCUUCUUGAGCUAAAACUCAAGUAUUGUCUUGUUUUCAAAAGAAAAAAAAAGUUCUGAAAACAGCAUAUUUCUUAUUUGGACUUUUUGUCAUAUUCUGCAAAUAAAUACUCAAACUGAAGUUUGUCGUUAUGUUUGGAAUUUUUAGGGAAAUGGCAGUAAUUUGGAAACUAAAACAUAAUUUAAUUUAGAAAGACAGAAGUGUGCAUGAUGAAAUUUCAGAAAGUACCCCUGAACUUCAUAAGCUGUAAGAACAAAAUAGAACGUCCCGCACAUGUCUAAAAUAAAGUUUUUGAAACAAAGCAAUAGAGGUUUAGAAAACAGCAAAACAUAACUUUGAAAAAAAAAAGUAAACACUAGAAAUGGUCAGGAAACAAUAGCAUUUCCCAAACACUCCCAGUUAAAUAGUUAACAAUAAACUGAACAACACUGGAUAACUUCAAACACCUUAAACACUGGCUGCAGGUCAUUUUGUUCCUGUGCCUCUUCAGGCCCCCCACCUUACACCCAUGUGUUGCCGCUGACUGAACAUGUGCUUUCCAUUACACAUUUGUUCAUUUCUUCAUUUUGCUUAAGGGACGGUUCAGGUUUUUUUAAUGGAAGUUUGUGAAAAUAUUCUCGUAAAUCUUCCCUAACCUACAGUAAACAUGUAACAUGUGGCAGUGAGUUUGUAGAACAGUGAGAUCAGAGGGAAAGCUAACAGCCAGUCAGAAAGACAGCAUUACAAAAGUGGUUAGUAAAUGUCUUCUUGGGAGUAAUAAGGUGUUGUGCCCCAUGAAUAUAAAAAAUAUUUUUUUAGCUUAGGAUAUUUUAAAU